CUCGCACAAACCCCAGCUGCCGGCGCGUUUCCUCCCACUCGUCUCGCUCGCUCGCUCCUGUUGAGACCGCAUUCGAGCGAAGGGCGUUUGGGAGCGUUACUUGAGCGUCACACUGUGGCUCGAGGAGCUCCGUCUGCGUCACUGCGUUCCUGACAGGAGCUGGUGCUUCCUCCAGGAGCAGGUUCUUGUGCUUGUGAGUGGUCCAGGAUGAGAGCGGCUCAGAGCGGCGGCGAUCGGUGGACGUCUCACUGACCUCAACCCAGUUUCCCUGAGUGAUCUGGAGGAAAGCAGGUGUUUCUUUGUGACGUGGCACCUCCCACGGCGCCUCCCGUCGAGUCUCUCCUGAGUGGAUCUCAUCUCCAGCCGCUCCCGUAGUCUCUGUCGGGCAGGCGCUCUGAGCAGAUGCACAGGGCGUCGCUCAGAGGUGAGAGCGUGCAGCCUCGUUCUGUGUUAGCGCCGCUUUGACCAUCUGUGAGCGCAGACGAAGAGGAGGACAGCGCACAGUAGGCACCGCUUCCUGUAAGCCGCCGCCAUGACCCAUAAUCUAGUUCCCAACUCCACUUGGGAGGCGGCUCACGGAGGCCCGAGCCCCCCCCACAACGUGACCUACGUGGACUUCUACCUGCACGAGCCCCCGGUGGCGGCGGUCUUCACCGCGUCCUACCUGCUGAUCUUCGCCGUGUGCAUGGCAGGCAACGGGCUGGUGUGCUUCAUCGUGCUGCGCAGCCGGAGCAUGCGCACCGUCACCAACCUCUUCAUCCUCAACCUGGCCGUCAGCGACCUGCUGGUGGGCAUCUUCUGCAUGCCCACCACGCUGGUGGACAACAUCAUCACAGGCUGGCCGUUCGGCAGUGUGGUGUGCAAGCUCAGCGGGAUGGUCCAAGGGAUCUCAGUGUCAGCGUCCGUCUUCACUCUGGUGGCGAUAGCCGUCGACAGGUUUCGCUGCAUCGUCUACCCAUUCAAGCAGAAGCUGACCAUCGCCACCUCCAAGUUAGUCAUCGUCGUCAUCUGGGUCCUGGCCGUGUCCAUCAUGUGCCCUUCAGGGGUCAUGCUUCAGGUCACCCAGGAGCAGAGGGUGCGAAUAGUCCUCGGCCACAACAACGACACCUCCCCCUUCUACUGGUGCCGGGAAAACUGGCCCAGUCAGGACAUGAGGAAGAUCUACACCACCGUCCUCUUCGCCAACAUCUACCUCGCGCCCCUCACGCUCAUCGUCAUCAUGUACGUCCGCAUCGGCUUCACCCUCUUCAACACCAGCGUUCUGCCGGCGAGGGGCAGCGGGAUCGUGUCCAGGGAAGGAAGCGGCAACACCAAGCUGAGCAUGGAGGGUCGCCUCGCGGUGUCGAGGAAGAAGAAGAGGGUGAUCAUGAUGCUGCUGGUCGUGGCACUGCUCUUCGUCCUGUCCUGGCUGCCGCUGUGGACCCUGAUGAUGCUGAGUGACUACGCCAGCCUGACGGAGCACCAGCACCGCGUCAUCAACAUCUACGUCUACCCCUUCGCCCACUGGCUGGCCUUCUUCAACAGCAGCGUCAACCCCAUCAUCUACGGCUUCUUCAACGAGAACUUCCGCCGGGGCUUCCAGGCGGCUUUCAAGUUCCAGCUGUGCGCCACGGCGGACCUGGAGCGGCAGAACACUGGCUCCAACCGGAUCCGGCUGAACGCGGUGCUCCCGGUGCAGCCCGACGCCCUCAGCGGGUCGGGCUCAGGGGGAGGAUCGGUGUUGGUGGAGAACGGGCGGUGCUCCCAUCAGGAAGGAGGACGCUUGGCUGGUACAGGUCUGAUCAAAGACCAGGAGCUGAUCAUGGAGGACCUGGAGAACGUGUCCCAGGUCUAGAUGGACUGAGUCACCUGAUGGACAAAUGACAACACCCUCAACACAUAUAUGAUUAAACUCUAUGUUUUGUCUGUGCAGCAUUUGUCCUCCUUAAUCAUUCGGUGGCGACAGCAACUCGAGGUUGAACCUCGUGUCCCGUUGUUCACUUGGACAAAUUUCAAAUAACUUUUUCAAGAACAUACGAAUGACAAUAUUACACAACGGGUCAGAUCCACUCUCAGCCCACUCCAUCAUGUCUGCUGCCAGCAUUAAUCCUGCACCUUCCUCAUGCUGUGACACUCAGCCAGACACAUAUCAAGUGUGACAUUACGAAAAUAACUUUAAAACGACUCGCUGAACCAAUAUUUCCAGUGUUUUAACUCCUCUCCUACAUAUUUUCUGCAGGUGGUGCACCUCCUGGGAGAGUUCAAUCAGGGCUAUAUUCUAAAUGUGCAAAACAGUCCUCAUGUAUCUGCAGGUCCGUAUUGUCUCAGGAACAAGGAGGGUCCAGACGUCAGCGUACCGUACCUGGAGGAGGGGAAUGAAAGGCGGGGGACGAGGACGAGUCCGCGGCAGUUAGCUGCGAGCCCGUGGCCUUGACAAGUGGCUGCCUCAUUGAAAAAACAUCCAUGUACGCACCUCUGGGACAUAACGACGUCAGAUCCGACCGCGUCAAUAUGAAGAAUGACUUUCAAGUGACUCAAAAGACUAAUCCUACUAAAAAAUGUCCUCACACGAACAGUAAAGUGAUCAUUUUAAACAUGUAGUGCUUGUGGUUGCAUAACCGUUAUUUAGAUUUAUAUUAUAUUUAUGGAAAAUCUAAAUAUAUCAUGUCUUCUCACCAGAAA